GUCACCUCCCCUGAACUGUGCCGAGGGCUGAGAAAGUUUACGAGAGGAGGGCAGAGAGAAGACAAGGCGCGGCCGGCUCGGAGCGCCCUCUGCACAAACCUCCUGCUCGGCUUCAUUGUGUUUCAGGAGGAGGAGGAGGAGGCUGUUAGUAAUAAUAUGGAUGCUUUAAAAUCAGCCGGACGGGCGAUCAUUAGGAGUCCCAGCAUCGCGAAACAAAGCUGGGGGAGCGGUAAACACAAAAAAUUGCCAGAAAACUGGACAGAUACGAGAGAAACGCUGCAGGAAGGAAUGAUAUUUAAUCUCAAAUAUCUUGGUAUGACUCUUGUGGAGGAACCAAAAGGAGAAGAUAUGUCUUCUGCCGCUGUCCGGCGAAUAGUUGCUAUGGCCAAAGCAAGCGGGAAGAAAUUUCCAAAAGUGGUGUUGACCGUGUCACCGCGGGGAAUCAUUCUACACGACUCCACAAGUAACGAAUUAAUCGAAAACGUCUCCAUCUACAGGAUAUCCUAUUGUACGGCAGACAAAGCACAUGAUAAAGUUUUUGCCUACAUUGCUCAGAGCCAGUUGAACGAGACAUUGGAAUGCCAUGCCUUCCUGUGCACAAAGAAAAAGCUGGCUCAAGCAGUGACAUUAACAGUGGCUCAAGCUUUCAAAAUAGCUUUUGAAUUCUGGCAAGCAGCCAAAGAAGAGAAAGGGAAAAGAGCAGCGGUUGUGACAGCUGACAGUGGAGCCACUGGGAAACCUUGUUCGGAGAAAUCCACCAAUAACCAUUUCAAAACUGAAGUAGCGACAGGGGAUUUGUUGGAUUUAACAGAAGGUGCAAAACCUGCAAACCAUAGAAGAGAGCUGUCCGACGCAGAUAAGAAAUACUCUGCCAAUGACAACCUUGUGUGGGAAAUAAACGAUGAUCUGGAUGAAGCCUUUGCAAGGCUGGCUCAGUCUCGAACAAAUCCUCAGUUUCUGGACAUCGGGGUGAGCCCCCAGGACAUGCAGACGGAAGAGUGUUUAACUCCAACGGACUGGGAAAAAUGUGACGUUGGAGUCACUGAAAAAGAUGACCUGUUUGGGCUCUGAUACCUCGAGGGCCAUGGAGAAUGAAUGGCUUGGCCCAAAAAUGGAACUGACCUCCCUGUGUGAAACGAAGCUCGGCACCUUCUGACUGUAAGACGGAAUACUUGAAGGGUCGUUUAUGGAAAGGAACUUUGAUUUGAGCGACUGUGUUGUUGCAGGACUGAAACAGUCUUGUGCUGCUGCCUUUAAAGAUGUCCAGACCAAAGCUAUCAAACGGACUUGAAAUAAAUCUAUUCAACCACUCACAUUCCAUCCUUGGUUGGUGUUGAUAGGCUGCACGUUGCCUAUGCAUUUGAAAAGUUACUAGUGAAAAUAAAUUCCUUAAAAGACUACAUGUAGAUAAAUGAUUUGCAAUAAAUAUUAACCAAUUAUAAAAUGCCUUUUUACAAUAAUUAUUCUCACUAAAUGAACAAGUAUGUUAAUUUCACUUGGCAUUUGGAUUAUUCCAAAUGCCAAGUGACUAAAGUAGCACAGAUUCUCACUUGGUAAUUAUUUUUGUAACCUUAUUAAGAUGUUCGGAAAAGUAAGAAGAAAAAUACUGCAGAUGCUGGAAAUCUGAAAAUAAAUAAAGUAGCAAGUGCUGAAAAUAUUCAGCAGGUCAGGCGGUAUCCAUGGAAAGAGAAAUGUAUGUGGUUUCAGGUGACGGCUUCUAUCUCGUGACUUGGGUCUGCAUUGUAUCAGCUCAGAUGAUGAGACUUUCAAUGGAGUUCUUGGUUCAUUCUGGCUUGCUUCCCUUCCACAUCUCCCAUGACUACUUUUUGUACCUUUCUCACAUCUUCAUCAACUGAUCGUCCUUGGCGGUUUCUGCCACCUUUCCACGGGAAGGCACAACACUGCCCUGCCUUUCCGCAAUCUGACUGUAAUUCAACCAAAGUUCCCGUGCAACCGCAGGAGAUACAGAACCUGUCCUUUUCCCUCUUGCCUCCCCAUCAUCCAGGGAUGCAAACAGCCCUUCCAGGUGAAGCAACAACUCACUUCCCCUCCAAUCUAGUCUAUUUCAUUCAUCAAAACAUGGUAUCCUUGUCAGUAGAGGCUCCGAAGGUACAAUGUGGUGCACCUGUGCUCAGUGUAAAUGGAUAACCCUGAGCUUCCUAUUUGCCUGCCACUUUAAUUUUCAUUCCUGCUCCCAUUGAUUUGUUUGCCUUUGGCCUCUUGUACAACUGUAGCAAAGCCCAACAUAAGCCUGAGGAACUGCACCUCAACUUUCAUCUUCAUUCUGGUGUCAAUAUUGAGUUCUGCAACUUUGGAUAACUUAAGGGCCUGUUCCACUUUCCUGAGUUAUUCACGAAUUCUCCCGAGUUUUCUAACUCGCAGAAUGUUCGUGACGAGUCCGUAGGAGACCGUGGAUAUAUCGUAGCGGCUCGUUAUGCCAACCGUAGGUACUCGGGGCUAUUUUCUUACUCGUGGACAUUUUUCAUCAGACGGAAAAAACGUCCCGACUUACCUGAUGCCAUGAGUACCUACGGCUGGCAUAACGAGCCGCUACGAUAUAUCCACGGACUCCUACGGACUCGUCACGAACAUUCUGCGAGUUUGAAAACUCAGGAGAAUUUGUGAAUAACUCGGGAAAGUGGGACAAGCCCUUUACUUGACUUCUUGCUUUGCAUCAGAACUGGUCAGUUCUGCUGUAGGAAAUAUUCCAGCAAGAUUAUGCCAGAGUGCGGCGACUCUUUGUGUGCUCUUCCCAGAGAAGGAAUGACCAUCACCUGUUUCAAUCACUCCACUCUUUUAAAUAUCUUCUCUAGUUAUAUUCCACACUCUGCAUCUUCUAUUAUACUCGAGUUUGACGAUUGCAUUUAUGUAUCGUAUCUGAUCUGUUUGGAUGGCAUGCAGAACAAAGCUCUUCACUGUACCUCAGUACACAUGACAAUGAUAAACCUAAACCUAUCAUUAGCUAAUUUCCCCCCAGAAUAUUUGGAUAGAUUGGCGCUGGCCUGGGCAUUUCCUAUAGUUUAGAACUUUAAUGCAUUUACUUUCCAUUGUUUAUGUUGUCUUUGAACAUUUUCAUUAACCUAUCAACCCAAUGGCUUAAUCCACCAGAGAUACAAGGAACUGCAGAUGCUGGAAUCUUAAGCAAUGGACAGGCGAUAUUUCAGGUUGGGUCUGAAGAAGUGUCCUGACCUGAAAUGCCACCUGUCCAUUCCUUCCCCAGAUGUUGCCUGACCCACUGAGUUCCUACAGUAUCUUAACUUGCAUAUACCACACACUUCCACGGCAAUCCUGGCUUUGUCCUACCAGAGAGAUUGGAUUUGACCUACUCAUCCAUUGCAACUUACAACGAAUUGUCAUUCAUUCCUAAUUCUGACAGUGCUUCCAACCUGAGAAUAUUAUUCUAUUUCUCUCUGCACAUGCUGCCUCGCCUGCUGAGUGUUUCCAGAAGGUUUUUUAUAACCAUAUUUAGUUUUUCCUUUGUGUAUUAUAUAGCUAAUGUAUUAUUGUGAUACACAAUGUUAUUAAAAACAUUUCAUGUCCAUUACAUUUCCAAUUUCUUGUUGCCAUUGCUUAAGUUGAAUAACAAAAUUCCCUCCCAAAAUGUUUGAAGGGUGAAAACAGAAUUUAUCCUUCAAUCUUUUCAUUCCUGUUGUAAUCCAAUCUGCUUGUCACUCAUUUAAAAGUGAAGAUCAAAAAUUGAGCGGCACGGUGGCGCAGCGGUAGAGCUGCUGCCUUGCAGCGCCAGAGACCCGGGUUCGAUCCUGACAACGGGCGCUGUCUGUAAGGAGCUUAUACGUUCUCCCCGUGACCUGCGUGGGUUUUCUCCGAGAUCUUCGGUUUCCUCCCACACUCCAAAGACGUACAAUUUGUAGGUUAAUUGGCUUGCUAUAAAUGUACAUUGUCCCUGGAGUGUGUAGGAUAGUGCCAGUGUGCGGAGUUGGAUAGGAGUGUGUAGGAUAGUGCCAAUGGCUGGUUGGCGUGGACUCGGUGGGCUGAAGGGCCUGUUUCCGCGCUGUAUCUCUAAACUAAACAUCCAGUGAAAGCUAUUUCCUGCAAAUAUCCAAAAGAAAUAGCAACAACUGCAAAAGUGACACUGACCUUGGAGUGGAAUAUUUUCAUUGUGAACCACUUCAUAUACAAUACAGAAAAAGUUAUACUUUACAGAGUUGUAUUUGAAAGGUAGUUUUAUUUGUGAAUAAUUUUCUAAUCCUGCUUUGGUUCAAAGAUAAUUGGCACCCUAAUUAAUAGAUCAAAUGGAAUAAAUAGACAACUUGCAUUUGUAAUGAUACAUAAAUCCAAAUCCUCUAAGUUGUUUUCAUGCACUUAUUGGGAGAAAAGGACACUUUACCGUUUUGUUUUUCUCCUGUUCUCGAGCAAGCAAGCCAAAGUAGAUUACAUUUUGUAAUGUAGCUAUAGAACUCCUGUUCAUCAAACUCUGAUCAUGAGAAAAAUGUAUAAGGAGCAACAAAAGAGGCCAACAUCAUAACUGGACCAAACCAUCUUUCUUCAUAGAAUAAUUUCCACUUCAGCUAUUGUGUUUAGUUUAUUACAAAUGACAUUUCCAAACAACACAAUGUGGUUCUCAACUGUACCAAUCUUAUGAGAAACCUUUAAUGGAUUAUGUUUGAUAAGGUGGGUUCAGUGUGGUUCAUGCAGUGGUUUUUUCUUAAUUAUUCCUGUUGUCCGAGUUAUUUGCAAUAACUAAUAUAUGACCUUGGAAUGGUGAUAACAUUGUUGCUAUGCCUCACAAUGAUAAAUAAACUCACUACUGCCAAGUUGGUUGUUUAACAAUAUUGUAAAAAAA